GAUGGACGGGCUGUGAGAUAUAGAUGAACAGAACCCUAUCCUAGACGUUAGCACCACAAAGAGGUGUUCUGCUCAACCAGUCAACGAUGCCAGAAACCCAACAAUGCGCCCUUACACUCGAUCCCUCGGCCUCGUAGCAUGUCUGCUCGCAGACACGGUAUGCGGCAAGUUCGGCAUCACCACCAAAGGCAACUCUUACAGCGUUGAUACCGAUGGAGGCCUGGUCUUUGAUGUCGACAGAAACAAUGGCGACAUCACCAGCCUACAGUACAACGGCGUGCAGUACCAAGGCACCCGCAAAAUGUCGGCCAUCAACUCCGGUCUCGGCGCCUCAAAGGUCACCGCCGAGAUGGUGAACGGACUCGUCAAGAUCACUGUCGCCGCAAGAUCCCUGCCUGUGACGCAUUAUUAUGUUGCCCGACCAAGCGACCCGACGGUUUACAUGGCCACGUACAUCACCGGUGAGGUCGACCCUGGCGAGCUGCGGUGGCUUGCCCGUCUGCGGCGGUCUGCUGUGCCCAACGGCUGGCAUGGUGAUGUAGGAGUGCUGGAUGGCUGCACUGCGUUUGAGGGGAAGGAUACCUUCAAAUGUCCGAAUGGGCAGACGAGGUGUAAGAUGUAUACCUCGGAUCGGUUUAUUGAUGAUCAAGUGCAUGGUGUUACGGGGAAUAAUGUCGGGAUAUGGAUGAUCAUGCCAGGCACAGCGUACGAGACUUCGUCCGGCGGUCCCUUCAUGCGCGACAUCAACACGCAGAGCGGUGACGACCAGGAGCUGUACUGGUACAUGAACAGCGGACACGUACGAACGGAGCCGUGGAGGUUUGGGCUCAUGGGGCCUUAUGCAAUGACUUUCACCACCGGCUCCAAACCCUCCGCCGAUCUCAACACAACCUUCUUCUCGUCCCUCUCAAUCCAGGGCUACGUCCCUCCCAGCCAGCGCGGAACCGUAUCCGGAGUCGCAUCCGGCGUCGCCCCCGGCUUCCAAGCCAUCCUCCACUGGCACAACACCGCAGCUCAAUACUGGACCCAAGCCUCCCCUGACGGCACUUACACCUCCCCGCUAAUGAAGCCCGGAACGUACACCAUGAAGCUCUACCGCAACGAGUUCCUCAUCGCCCAGGACACGGUCACCAUCAAAUCCGGCACACAGACCACCAAGAACAUCACUUCAACGGAGGUGCAGCCGGAAGUGAUUUGGCGGAUCGGUGAAUUUGACGGCCAGCCGUUUGAGCUCAAGAACGGAGACAAGAUUGAACGAAUGCAUCCGUCUGACGUGCGUAUGGGGUCGUGGGGUGGGAAUUAUACCGUGGGGAAAUCAACGGCGAAGGAGUUUCCUAUGGCGUUGUUUGCUAAGCAGGGGGGCGUUGCUACGGUGACCCUUGAUUUGGCUGCAAAUCAGGCGGCGGUUGAGACGGUGCUGAGGAUAGGGACGACGCUGUCGUUUAAGGGUGGGAGGCCGUCGGUGAAGGUGAAUAACUGGCAGGGGAAGGACCCUGGUGCACCGAAACUGAUCGACUCCCGUGGUGUCACUCGCGGGGCCUACCGUGGCUACGGCGAGAUCUAUACCUGGAAAGUUCCUGCCGGCACGCUCAAGGCAGGCACAAACACACUGACCAUCGGGGUCCAUGGCUCGGGGGAUGCGGCGUUUCUGAGUGCCAAUUACAUUGUCGAUGCUAUAGAACUUCAGGGUCCAGCGGGGAAGGAUAGCCCUCGUUGAUGGCCCUGGACUCAUGAGGGCCAGACCCGACUACGUCCCCUUGUAGGUAUCCGUAGAUAGGUAGCUAGGCACUGAUAAUAGUCCGAGCAAGCGCAG